AUGAAUAUCAUAUCCAUUAUUCUAUUGCUAUGGCACAUAGUAAUAAGUUGCUGCUAUGGAGCUGCAACAACCAGUGCAGCAUCAGCGCCUAUAGCAAAGCCUAAUUGCACAACGCAUUGUGGAGAUGUUGCCAUCCCAUACCCUUUCGGGAUUGGACCUAACAAGGAUUGUUACUUAGAUGAAUCGUUUCAAAUAGACUGCAGGCACAACAACUCUACAACCUCAGCUAAUUACAGCAGGCAAGUGCCUUUCCUCAAGAGCGUCAACCUGGAGGUGCUAAGUAUUUUUCCGGUUAAAGAUGGCAGGCAAUCAGUUCGGGUUAAGAACCCUAUUACUUUCUUCAGCUGUGAGGGAAAGGAAACUCGCCAACCCCAGAAUUUGACGGGCAGUCCUUUCAUUUACUCUCGGACAGCCAACGCAUUAGUUGCAAUGCGUUGUGACCUCUUUGCCCGUAUGAUCUCAGAUCAUGGGCCUGUCUCUGGAUGCGGGUCGUUUUGUGAAAGCAUUAAAGACGGCAACCAUGGCUUUUGUGGAGGUAUUGGCUGUUGCGGAGGUGCUCUUCAAACAUAUGACGUCGCUAGCACUUCUAGUUUUGAGAUACAAUCAAAUUCAUCAACAUCAGAUCCAAUGGGCGAUUGCAAAUAUGCAUUUUUGGUUGACAAAGAUUGGUUUCUGUUUGAAGUACCGAAUUUUUGGGACGUGAAGCGUAUGGACAACGUUCCUGUGGUGCUAGGACUGGAUCUUAAACGCAAUGACUAUGGUUAA